CAUCCACACAUAUAACUUUUAAAAAUUAAGGAUUCUUCGUCUUCCAUCCUCUUUGCACUGCACACAGGUUGAUUUUUGAAAGAGGUUCAUAAAGUAAUCAAGAUGAGUGGGUUGCAGUUGGGUGCCUCAUUUGUGGUAGGAACUUUCUUUGGCGGCUUCAUGGCUCGUGGAUUCCAACGUCGUUGCGACCGCCAUAGAAAACUCAAAGAAGCUGGGGGUCACGACGGCAAGCCUUGCCCUCUCUCGGCUAAUGAAAAGAAAACUGGUGAUUCCAACCCCGCAGGACCACAUGUGGAAGAGAAAAUACCGGAAAAACUCUCCAAGGUUGCUUAGGCUUAAUUAACAGUUUGUUUUAAAAAAUAAAUAAAUAAUCAUACUGUUUUAUCUUUACUAUUAUGUCAUCUGUCUGUACUCUGUGACCAUUUCUGGUGUUUCCUUGUUUGCCUAAAUUCAUUGUUCUAAUAAAAAAAAUCAUGUUAU